AUGCCGUGGCUGUCCAUCAUCGGCAUCGGCGGCUCGCGCUUCGCGUUCUCCACUGACAACGCAACCGUACUGAAAGGCUACGAGGAGAUCCAUUCUGGCAUCCACUCGCCGCGCCUGGCGCUCACACCGCUGGGCAACGUGCGGCAAUUUAUUCGGGCGAUUACGGCGCUUCCCGAAGCCGUGUGUCUGCAGAUGGCCUGGGAUGUUGCCGCCGGUCUGGAAUAG